AUGGGCAUGUAUCCUGACGUCCAACAAAAAGCACAAGAGGAAAUCAACCGCGUGAUAGGAUCCAACCGGCUACCUCAAUUUGAAGAUCGCCAGCGUCCCCCCUAUGUCGAUGCAGUGGUAAAAGAAGUCCUCCGUUGGCACCCCGUCGCACCCAUGGGGUUUCGGCAUAUGUCUUCUGAGGCUGAUAUGUGUCAUGGCUACUACAUUCCGAAAGGGGCCUUAAUUAUUGCAAAUAUCUGGGGGUUCAUGCACGAUCCCAACCGAUAUUGCGACCUUAUGAGGUUCCAUCCAGAACGCUUUCUCUCUAUAGGCGAUCACAACCCCGAACCUGACCCUCACCUUUUUGUAUUUGGAUUUGGACGCCGUAAAUGUCCUGGCAACAUUUUGGCCGAUGCGACCAUCUUCCUCACCAUGUCGCAAUCACUUGCCGUAUUCAAUAUCGGUAGAGUUGUAUAA